ACUGGACACAUCAAAUGGUGUCAGUCAUUUUGAUACUUAAAACAAAGUUUAAUCCACAUCUACUUCAGCCUAGAGUAGCUGUACAGUGUAUGGUGUUUCAUCUCUUACAGGGAGGGGGUAAAACCUUUGUGAUGCGAGGCAACUAAACGUGAGCAGCAGCUUGAAAAGGUGUAUGACUCUUAGCUACACGUGCUGUAGAUGAAGCAUGUGUUAACUGUUCUAGUAUAAUAGCUGUUGCGCAAUAAGGGAGACCUAGACAGUGAGUGGAAUUUACAAAUGCGGGGAGAGUCUAAGGCCCAAUCCCAUUUCUUAUUUUUACCCCUACCCCUUGUUUUCGACUGUCACCGUGUCCCUUGGAACUGAGUUAAAAGGGGAGUGGUUGAAAUCUUCCCCUAUGAAAUGAGAUAAACCUCAAAUAAAAAAGAACAGUACUUCAUUAACUGGCUACUAGUGGUGCUGUGUAGGCGACCCUGCCAGUCUGCAGUGAUAGUGAGAGGCCAAAAUGAAUGAAGAUUUAAAGCUGUUUAAUUCUGGGAAUCUGUUCUAGAGCAAUACUAGUAUUUCCUGACCUGCAAUACCUGAAAUCGCCAGUAGGUGGAGUAGCGGAGCAGUAAGGGGAGCAACCGACUCUCUUCCUCUUCAUUCAUUAAAUGUGUUGUGAAGAGUGCUUGUGUUGGUGAACCUUCUGCUCACAAAUCUUCAUUUUUAGGUGGGAAUACUAUUUAAAAGUUCAGUUAUUUCUUCACUGUAGUUUUAUAUUCGAUGUUAGAGCACGUUUGUCGAAAACGCUGGCAUUUUUUAGAGAAAUUUGUUAGUUUUUCAAACCAGUGUACGUAGUUAGCUAAUGGCGCUGUAGCUACAUCGCAGCGGUUUUAGGAGAAAGGACAAUAUAAAGCUACGCCCAGUUCAUGUAAUAUAAGCACUAAUAGUAUGAUUUAACAAUUCAUUUGUUUAGAAUAUUAAACAAAAAGAGUAUGUGAUCUCCAGCUAAGCUGUAAAAGGUGUAUUUUGAAGAUUUAUAGAUGGGGGAUACGAUUAUUUAUUGUUGCCCACCCCUCAUUCUUCAGUGAAACGAAGCUAAAGUCAGCUACUCUCCAGCUUCCUGUUAGAAUUGUCCUGUUCCACACUCCGUUUGGAUUGUGCCUCUGAAAAACCUCCGUUUGGAGGACCUUGUAGCUCUAACACUUUGCCCUACCCCUCCAUCUCAACAACAGUCAGGACACCCUACCCCUAGAUGUGAACACACAAAGCAGAGGGGUAAGUGCUAAGUGGUAGGGGCAGGAGGUGAAGUGUUAUUGGGCCUAAUUAUUCUAAAAAAGGGAAAGAAAGUGCACAUUCAGUAUUAUUGAAGUCUACCCUCCGGCCCUCCUUCUGUUUUGUCAGCUCUGUUUUAUCAUCUGUGGUCAACAAUGUGAUAUAAAAGUGUAGUUACAUAUCUUUAUGAUAGUGUUGAUCAGCGCUAAUACACUAGGAGUUGAUCAAAGUGGCUAAAACCAUCCAUAUAUAUGAACGACUGGUCAGAAGUUUCCUUUAUCUUAAGCUUUACUCAUUAUGCUGCUUGAAGUCUUGUGAUAAUUGCUCUCCUGCAUCAACAAUUUCUAGCCAGUUUGUUUCUUUCCUAACUGAGGUGUGUUGGGAGCUGAGUAGAACAAGUAGAGCAGAAUCGCUGAUGGAUUCUAACUAAAUAAGCGGAAUCAUGUAUAAUCCGAUUUUGGGUUCAUUUUAAAACCAAAAUCUGGCAGUUAUGUUAAGUGGCCUUUGGGAACUUUGACUUCCCAAGUGAUCUCACAUUUAAACGUUUUUCUAAGGAUCCCAUUAGAUCAUCUCUUUGCUGUCCUGCAGACAAACCUAGAAGUUCUCUGGGAGGUUCAGGAGAGGUUUUCAGAAAGCAUUAAUCAAAAUGAACUGGUGGAAACUGAGACCAAAGAGUGAAAAGAUGAGCCUCACGCUGACUGCUGAGAACCACUCCAUUCCAUUAAGUGAUGGCAACAGGAUACCCAUCAUAGGACUCGGGACCUAUGGAGAUCAGCAAACAACUCCUGAAGGUACAGCACGAGAGUGUGUGAAGCUGGCUAUAGAUGUUGGCUACAGGCAUUUUGAUGGAGCAUUGAUUUAUUUUAAUGAGCACGAAGUUGGACAGGCCAUUCGGGAGAAGAUUUCAGAUGGAACUGUUAGAAGAGAGGACAUCUUUUAUUGUGGAAAGCUGUGGAGCACCUUCCACCCUCCUGAGCUGGUUCGACCUGCACUAGAGAGAACACUGAAGACUUUACAGCUGGAUUAUGUUGAUCUGUACAUUAUUGAGCUUCCCGUGGCCUUUAAGCCAGGUGAUGAAUUCUACCCUAAAGAUAAAAAUGGGAAAUACAUCUACCAUGAGACAGACCUGUGUGCUACAUGGGAGGCAUUAGAGGCUUGCAAAGAUGCAGGCCUGACAAAGUCACUCGGGGUUUCAAACUUCAACCGAAGACAGCUGGAGCUGAUUUUGAACAAACCUGGACUCAAACAUAGACCUGUUUCCAACCAAGUUGAGUGCCAUCCCUACUUUACUCAGCCCAAGCUUCUGGAGUUUUGUCAGCAAAAUGACAUUGUCAUUGUGGGCUACAGCCCUCUUGGAACCUCUCGAGAUGCUUCCUGGGUUAACUUGAAAUGCCCCCCACUGCUGGAAGAUGAGGUGUUAGUCUCCAUUGGGAAGAAGUACAACAAGAGUCCUGCUCAGGUAGCCCUGAGGUUCAAUGCUCAGAGAGGAGUGGUUGUCAUCCCGAAGAGCUUCAACCCUCAACGGAUCACAAACAAUUUCCAGGUGGAAAAAAUAAUAUUAACCGAUAGUAUGAUGUUUCAUCACCUUCCAUCUCCCCCAUCUAUCAUCGAGUGAAAAGUUCAGCUUGUUCGGAAACCCCUCCCUGAUACCAUGUUUCACUCAAAAGUAUGUUACGGUACAGAAUUAAAAAUCUGUUAUGAUCACCGAUUCACAUUGACUCUGAUCAUCUGACUCAGUGGUUCCCAGCCCUGGUCCUUCAGCACCCUUUGCUCUGCACAUUUUCAAGUUUUGUUUGCUCCCAACACACCUGAUCCAACUAAUCAGCUCAUUAAAAUCCCCUUACUGAGUUGAAGUGAGUGUAAGCAGAGAAAGCACUAAAGGUACCACUUUACAACAAGACUACCCUUAUGAAUUGAAAUUGUUUGUUAAUCAUUAUUAAUUAGAUCAUGAACACCUUAAAGUAGCUACAAUACAUAAAUGAAAAGGGUAACAGCAUCCUGUAUCCUAUCUUGUUAAACGUCAGAUCUUGCAGGUAAACCUGUUGCAACACGGCACAACUGAUCAGACGCUUGCAGAUGUAGUUAGAAAAAGAGGCUUUACUGUUUGAAACAUGAUCCAAGCUCGUUGUCAGAAAGCAGGCACAGGUUAUAUCCAAAACAAUGCAAAAAUGGCAAAAAGAAAAACGUCAGAGAAACAGGCAAACAAGAUUAAAAAGGGCAAAGGCAAAAGUUAAAGUAGAAAGUCCAAAAACACAGCCCAAACGCACAAAAGGCAAAAGACAAUAGAGAAUGCUUGGUAGCUCACAGGAAAGAAACAAUACCUCGCAAAGUUCUAACCCAGAAGCCCGGGCUUAUAUACUAACUACUCUAAAUCAUGUGACAAACAGAACAGGUGUGACAGAAUAGUAUUAGUUAGGGGAACAUCGCUUGGCUGUGGAUGAGAGAGCAGCAGUCUCGUGAUCUCCAAGGGAGUUCUGGGAAUUGGAGCUCUCUAGAAAGUCAGACCUAGAGGAAUGCAUGAUGCUGUCAACUUCAUCAGAUAUUCAUAUUCAUCAAAUGUAACAGCUCACUGUGCCCUUUUUGUUCGUGUUAGAACUACUUAUUAACUAAUUCAUAACUAUUAAUAUGCUUUUAUAAUGGUGGUCUUAUUGUAAAGUGGUAUCACACUAAAUGUGCUGAGCAGGCGUCCUGCUUUGGUCUGCAUGUGGCUCUUUUACUGCCCUGUUGAGGCUCCACAGCAGAAUUAGAUUUUUAGGUAAAUCUAAAUUAAUCCUCCAGUAAAAUAAAGCUCUGUUGAUCGUUCUAACAAUAAACGAUCGUAAACGCUGGGGCUAUAUAGUGUAUAACUGCUAAUUCUCUCAACCUUUAACCCAGCGUGCAGCGCGCAGACUGCUGGUCACCAUAGCAAUGCAGACUAGCUAGUGGCUAACGAAAGAAGGAACAAAAUAGAGAUUUAAGACCAAUAUUAAUAGUUUGGAGAUGACUUUUUGCAUUUAUAAGAACUCCGCUGGUUUUCUGAUACAGUUAAUCUGUAACGAGAAACUGUCAAACACUAAAAAGUCGCAAAGCUGAAGUC